AUGACGAGUGACGACGAGUUCUUCUUUGACUACCUUGCUACCAUCCCAAACCAUGUGAAAAAGUACUCGUCCCAGGUUGCGGACUCUGUAAAUGAACACGUGGAUCAGCUCGCAGUAACUGUCCGAGAUACGCUAUGUCGACAAUCUUGGUUGCCGUCAGCAGUUAAGCCUGUUGGGAGAGCCGCAUCAGAACUUUCCUCACCACCUCCACCACCAUCGUCCUUCGGCCGUGUACAAGCAUGGGUGUCGAGAAACCGUGCCUGGACGGCAGCCAUCGUCGCAUUCGUCGGAACUGGAGCCCUCCUGAUCUAUGGAAGCAAAAAGCUUAGCAUCAAGAAAAGAAAAGCCCGAAGUGCCAGUAAUGGUGCUCGCAAGGAGAUCGUUGUUAUCGCCGGGUCCCCGAAUGAGCCCAUGACCAAGUCUGUUGCGAAUGAUCUCGAGCGCCGUGGCUUUAUCAUCUUUGUUACCGUCACUUCGUUAGAAGAGGAAAAUCUCGUGAAAGCAGAGGGUCGCGAAGAUAUCCGGUCUUUAUGGAUUGAUCUAGCAACUACGCCCUUGACUCCGUCGGAGAUCCAUCCGUCUCUGCAUAUUAUUCAGUCCUUAAUCACUCAACCGCAGUCUCCUGUUGCUGGAAUACCACCACAUAUUUGCCAGCUAAGCGGUUUGAUCAUCAUACCAUCUUCAAAGUUCCCCACGGGACCUGUUUCAACCAUUCCAGCAUCGAACUGGGUUGACAAUAUAAAUACUCGUCUUUUAUACCCCAUACUGACAACACAGCUCCUCCUACCACUCCUUACUUUGAAAAGUAAUAGCAGCUCAAUCGUCUUGCUUUCACCUUCAAUACAGUCCUCACUAUCUGCGCCAUUUGCAAGCCUGGAAGUCACAGUAACUCGGGGAUUAUCUGGCUUUGCAACCACCCUGCGACAAGAGCUCCGACUUCUGCAGCGUGCUAACAACACCUCUAACAAUGGCGUUGAAGUGAUCGAGUUAAAACUUGGAAAUAUCGAUUUGGGCCGCCAGUUCCGGAAUGGCCACAAUCAAAAUACAGGAACAGAGGUCCUUACCUGGCAGCCGCGGCAAAGGGCGGCGUACGGUUCAUCGUACUUGUCCAGCAUCGAUAGCAAAGCUGGAAAAUUAGCCGGUGCAGUUUAUGGUUCUCCGGCCAGAGAGCUACAUUUUGCGAUCUUUGACGCCCUUGCCCCCGUCCCCAAGUCGUGGUUUGGCAGGCGCAGACGGAAGAAGGCCACUGUUUACGUUGGCAAAGGGUCCAGAACUUACUCCAUUGUCGGGAAUAUUGUUCCUGGUGGGUUGGUAGGGUGGAUGCUUGGGCUGCGUUCGGCGAGCAACGGCUCACCAGUUGACUCGAAUUGGGAUUCUCAUAGCAGUGGGGCGAACAGCGAAACGGGCUGGGAGAAACUUGGAUAA